CAGCAAAGUUGGAAACCAGCCUUACUUGGCCUCUGAGAUAUUUGUUUUAUCUCCUGUGACAUCACUAUAAUAUAUAGUUUGAUUUUUGCCGUGACAUCCGUGCUGUAGGCUGCUCUAAAAUCUAUUAUAGGCCAGUCGUCCUGGUCCUGCUUGGAGAGAAACGACGACAUCAGCUCGGCAUUCUGGGGGAACACCAUGCCUUGUAGGCUGAAAAGACGAGUGGAACCUCGCAUUUCAGCGCUUGCACAUUUUUGAUUUCCUUUUUUUUUUUUUUUGUUUUUCCCCUUUGUACCAUAUCUGUGACGCGCAAGGACACUACAGCAUCCAUCCACAGCAGAAACCUUCACACAGAGCAUCCUCCACAGACGCACCACCAUCAUCAUCUUCGUCCUCCUCCUCUCCUAUUUGAUUCGAACCCAAAGGACACCAGGAGCUCUUUUCCCCGCUUGGAGACAUGGAUCUAUGGUUUCAUCCGAGCCGGAUUUGCUGGUGGAGGGUUUUGUUUCUGCUGAGUGUUUUCCAGGACUAUCUGAGCUCCAUGCUGGACUGCCCGCCGACCUGCAGCUGCUCUCCAACAGAGAUCUAUUGCAAUAAGUCCGACAACGGCAGGUUUUUCCCUUUACUCGCCCUGCAAGAUACUGGGAGCAAUGGGAGCAGUGUCGACAUAGCAGAGUUAUUCAAAAACAUCACCUCCAUACACAUAGAGAACUGGACAGGACUGCAGACUCUGAGAGACGUCGAUAUGGAGCUCUACACCGGACUGCAGAGACUAACAAUCAUGAACUGCAACCUGAAGAUAAUCCAGGCUCGCGCCUUCGCUCAGAACCAACACCUGCGCUACAUAAACUUGUCGAAGAACCCUCUCACCACGCUGUCAUGGCAGCUCUUCCAGAACCUCCAACUCUCUGAGCUGCGAUUGGACGGUGUGGUGUUUGACUGCGGUUGUGAUAUCCGAUGGAUCCAACUGUGGCAGCAGAGAGGAGAGGCUGGACUCCACACACAGCAGCUGUACUGCAGGAAUGGAGCCUCUAAGAUACGACUGCAUAACAUGUACAUCCACAACUGUGACUUACCAGAGAUCAGUGUGAGCCACAGUAGUGUGUUGGUGCUGGAGGGUGACAACGUGACAGUGAGCUGCAACGGAUCAGGGGCGCCGCUUCCUGAAGUGGACUGGACCGUCACUGGGCUGCACUCCAUCAACACACAUCUGUCUAAUGUGUACUGGCCAAACAUCCACUCUAUCAACCUGACUCUCUUCAACAUCAGCCGAGAUGACAACAACUUCCUGCUCACCUGCAUCGCAGAGAACGUGGUGGGAAUGACCAACUCUUCCAUUCAGCUCAACGUGCAGUUUCCACCAGUCAUCCUGAGGCUAGCUGAACCUGAGCGGCGCCAUGACACUUGCAUUGAGUUCACAGUUCGGGGAUACCCACACCCCAAGCUGCGUUGGUUCCACGGGCAGAAGGAAAUUCUCCAGAGCCAAUACAUCCGAACUGAGAUGGCCUUCUACCAGGACUAUCUGGAGGGUUGUCUGACUUUCCAGAACCCCACACACAUUAACAAUGGCAACUACACCCUGGAGGCCAGCAACCCUCUUGGAACCGUCACCAAGACAGUUUAUGGACACUUCCUCAUGGCCCCGGACACCGGUGUAGAUGAACUAGUGGAAUAUGUUACUUCAACGCCAUCAGACAGCGACUCGAGCCGACCAGAUGAGGAUACGUUCGGGGUCUCCAUCGCUGUGGGCUUGGCGGGCUUUGCUUGUGUUCUCCUCCUCGUCCUCUUUGUUCUCAUCAACAAAUAUGGCCGUCGCUCCAAAUUUGGUAUGAAAGGCCCAGUAGCUGUGAUCAGUGGUGAGGAAGACUCUGCCAGCCCCCUUCAUCAUGUAAACCAUGGGAUUAUCACCCCCUGCACCCUGGAUGCAGGUCCUGAUGCAGUCGUCAUAGGGAUGACUCGCAUCCCUGUGGUGGAGAACCCUCAGUACUUCAGACAUGGACACAAUUGCAAUAAGCCAACCACUUUUGUCCAGCAUAUAAAGAGGAGGGACAUCAUCCUGAAGAGAGAGCUGGGUGAAGGAGCGUUCGGUAAAGUCUUCUUGGCAGAGUGUUACAACCUUAGUCCCACCAAGGACAAGAUGCUGGUGGCUGUCAAGACACUGAAAGACCCGAACCUGUCAGCGAGGAAGGACUUUCAGAGGGAGGCAGAGCUGCUGACCAACCUGCAGCACGACCACAUUGUUAAAUUUUAUGGUGUAUGUGUGGACGGAGACCCUCUCAUCAUGGUGUUUGAAUAUAUGAAGCAUGGAGACCUCAACAAAUUUCUUAGAGCCCACGGUCCUGAUGCCAUGAUCCUGGUGGACGGCCAGCCGCUGCAGUCUAACGGAGAGCUGGGCCUUUCACAGAUGCUGCACAUUGCCACCCAGAUCGCCUCAGGCAUGGUCUACCUGGCCUCCCAGCACUUUGUCCACCGAGACCUGGCAACCCGCAAUUGCCUGGUGGGCAACGGCCUGCUGGUCAAAAUCGGAGACUUCGGCAUGUCCAGGGACAUUUACAGUACUGACUACUACAGGGUUGGAGGACACACCAUGCUACCUAUUCGCUGGAUGCCACCAGAGAGCAUCAUGUACAGGAAGUUCACUACAGAGAGUGAUGUCUGGAGCUUUGGAGUCAUCAUGUGGGAGAUCUUCACCUAUGGGAAGCAGCCCUGGUUUCAGCUGGCUAAUAAUGAGGUUAUUGAGUGUAUAACCCAGGGUCGGGUUCUGGAGAGGCCACGGCUUUGUCCUAAGGAGGUGUACGAUAUCAUGCUGGGCUGCUGGCAGAGGGAACCGCAGCAGCGACUGAACAUUAAGGACAUUCAGAAGGUCCUGUUCGCCAUGGGCAAAGCCACGCCCGUCUAUCUGGACAUCCUGGGCUAGCACGGGCCUGGUGUGGCCUGUUCCUCGCCAGACAAACAGACCGACAGGGACACACAGACAGACUGACCAACACGAAACCAGGAAUAACCAAACCAACCUGCUCCACUGUCGAAAAACACCUACAAGUUUGGGAAGGACUUAAGUGCCUGCAACACUUUUGGAUAUACUGGAUAAAAAGUAUUCGCAAAACACGCACUUUUACAUUUUGUUUACUUAUGUAUAAGAUGUAUAGGUUUGAAGAAGACUUUUUUUCUCAAAAACUGCA